AUGUCGGCUGAUAUCCCAACCCUGACAGUGACCUUCACAAUGGAGGGCAAUGUUUCACGUGUAGAUUGGAUUACUAUGAUAAAAUCCUUCCCAAUGACUGAUCUGAACGUGAUCACUAGGAACGGCAAUGUCACCAUCUUCCAAGUGUGCGGACCCAUUAUCUUGUUGGAUGACACAUCCAAGUGCGGAGCCGAGACAGGUGGACCAAAUCCUGCCGUUUGUCCUCUUACUAUCGGUUACGUACAUGGCAAUGGAACAUCUAUGAUCAUUCAGCCAACAUUUACCAACAUGACCGUUUUAUUUGAUAUCACACCUCCAUCACUUACCAACAUCACGUUGGCAAACACAGACAACAUGCUUUACCUCAAGUUGGGUGCCAAUGAUACAGAAUCCGGUAUUGGUUCAGCAUUGGUCCAGGUGUCACCAGUCGGUGGCGGAAGAAUCGUCUCUAUCAAUUUCCCAUCUUCCAGUCUGGCUGCAGACGGUUACUAUUAUGCCACAUUCAGCCCAGGUGAGAACUUGGUCGUUGGUGUCAAUUGGAGGGUGGCUCGAGUCUUCUUGUUUGACAAUGCUGCAAACAAAUGGUAUACCGACAACCAGACCUUCAUCACUUCAGAGUUGGGAUUGCAGCCCUUCCAAUUUAACAAUGGCGUGAAAUUCAACUAUAAUAUUGGAUCGGUUGACUCUGCCAAUGUUUCAACAGAUUUGUUUGAGGACUGCACCGUUGUUCAGCCCUUGACUUUCAAUCUCACCCUUAAGGACUUUGGACAAGACAGCAUGAUCAAGACUUUGACCGCCUCCUUCUCCGAAGGGUUCACAGCCAACUGCCAGUACUACUUGUGGUCGUGGACCUUUGCCACUAUCUAUUGUUCCAUCCCACCCUUCAAUGUAAAUGGAACUCAUUCAAUCAACAUCCAAUACUCCAACUUCAAAGGCAACUCUGGUUCUCAGACACUGACACAGACAAUCACUUAUAUAAAUAACAACUUUGAUCCCAUCUCUAACUUGACACAUUCGUUCAAUGUUGAGAAGAUCGACAACUCGGAAGACUUUUACUUGACCUGGAACAUUACAUUCUCCCAGACCAACUCCUACUUUAGGGUGCUUACAAUCAAUGGAUUGUACGACCCAGGAGUGUUCUCCCAGAAUCACCUGGUCGACGGUGGUUUGCAUCAGGGCACAUUGUCCAAACGCAUCUUCAUCCUUGCAAACAAGUACAACUUGACCGAGUUUUCUGGCACAGUGGAGACCACAAAUGGCAUUUCAUCAACAUUCACUGGCAACGGCCCAAUGACCACCUUAAGACCAAACGCGGCCAACAAUUUAAUCAUUCCUUCCAAGGUUACUCUUUCCAACUACAAUGUCAACUUGUCUUCAACGGCCAACACUGUCGCCAUGGAUGUAACCCUCAACACGGUGCGUCCCUUGGCCAACUUCAACCUGGAGUCCAGAGGAGCAGCUCGCUUUAACAUGCUCUCCUAUCAGUACUAUCCUGGAAAGAGAGGAUUCGUCGAUGGAACUCAAAACGUAGGCCACUACUUCUCAGUCCUCAAGAACGGUGGUUAUUCAGGCAUCAAGAAUGGCGGUUCAUAUUUCUCAACCUAUGGCAGCAUGUACUCAGAGUCAUACACCUACAAGGAUAUCUACCUAACCAAGUGCCUCACUUUCACCGGGUACCCUAGCGAGUACAAGCCCAUUAUCACUGCGCUAACUGUGUCACCAUCCAAUGCCAUCGAUGUCACUGCCUCAAGCCAACUUGUAAAGCUCAUGAUCACCGUUGCCAAUCCUACAGUACCUGCCAAUAGUUUCUCGGUCAGUUUGAAUGGUGGUCCCCAAGGUACUCCUGUCUUCAACUGCAUCAACAUCUCUACGAUUGUCACCUCCACAUCCUACGAAUGUUCAGUUACGUUCCCCAAGCAGUUCAUCUCAACCAGUUUAGACUUUGGUCUGAACUUUGCCACCAGCCUUUAUACCUCUUCAGUCACAGCUGCUCAACUUUAUACAAUGGGUUUACCAUCACAUCUCACUAUUGUCGGCAAACCAACAACUACCAUUUCACAACCUACCAUAUCAAAUCUCGACGUACAGAUGGCUCAGGACAAGCUCUCUUUCAACUUCGUUGCGGCAGAUGCCCCAAUCUACAAGGUUGAGGUCUAUAUCUUUGACACAUUCAUUGGAAAGGGUCACCUAAUUGGAUCGACCAGCUACAGCACCCCAAUUGACUCUGCCCAGGUGUCCAUAAGUCUGAGGUCCAUCUGCAAUCAGUUCUCAGUCGAGCUUGCUCCACUGGGAGUCUCUUUGGUGAUAACUGACAGUAACAGGGCAACCUACACUUAUCCUUGGUUGCAGCUGCAAUCGAUGUUCCCAACCUUUACUUGGCCAGCAUAUGGAUGCGACACUUCUCCACCCAUUCUCCAGAGUAUCGAGAAGUCUAGCCCGAUUUUCAACACCACCGACGCCGGUGCUACGGCUACAGUCAAGAUACAUGUGACCGACCAAUCUGGCAUUGCAUUCUUCAAGGUCAGCAUCACCCCCUUCACCGACUCUACCAACUACACCUAUACCAUGGAUGCCACCACGCUUGUUGAGGGUAACUCAAGGGAUGGUGUUUAUCAGUUGACCUUCAACAUCCCUAGAUACACGUCGAAAUCCUUUUACUUGUCAAUUCCAAUAAUGAUCGACGUGAAGGGCAACUACAUCACCUACACAGCAGCCGACAUCAUCACUGGAGUCAACAAAGAUGCCUACAUCUAUGCUCAAUCGUCAAUGCCACCCCCUACCUCGCCAUCACUCACAUCGCAGAGCGCAAACUACAAUGUGUAUUUGGGACAGACUUUCAACUUGUCUAUGGUGGUAAGCAACGACGUUACCACUGCCAUUAUGGAUGUCUUUGACGUUGGCUUAGGGGCAUACGUCCGUGUUCAACAGGAUGUCUCCAUCCCAGGCAAUGUACUUAUCCGCUAUACACCGACCACUGCUGGAGAGCACUACUACGUGAUCACCUUGGUUGGAAGUGGGCUCCAGGUCAAGACCUACAACUUCAACAAUGGAAUGUCACCAUUUUACUUUAUCCAAUCCCAGGCACCAGUUCCACAAACUACAACAACAACAUCUACAUCAACUUCCUCCGCAACCUCAACCACCAUCACAACAACUACAUCUACAUCAACUUCAACCUCUUCCUCCGCAACCUCAACCACCAUCACAACAACAACAUCCGGCGAAACUCCAAGUGCCUCAUCACAUCUUUCUCCAGUGUCGAUUGCUCUUAUUCUAUUCAUUUCUGCAAUUUCAGUUCUCUAG